CUCCUCAAACUCUCUCUCCUCUCUCUUUUUGAGAAGCCCAGAACUGAGAAACCAAAAUAAUUCCAAACUCACAGCCAUUGCCGGUCUUAUUCCACGGGCCGAACUCGGCUGAAACAAAGACCACAGACAUCCCAUGCAGCCAGAUUGAGUCAACAAGAAAGCCAUGACCAUCCAGAGUGCAGCUUAUAUAAUUAAUGGCAGGCACAACUUGUGAGGCUAAAACAUGGUUGUUAGUGUUUGCUCUGAGCUUGGUGGUUUCGACUAUGCAAUUACAUGAUUUUUGUGUUUGUGCAAAGCCCCAAGUACCUUGCUUCUUCAUUUUUGGAGAUUCUCUCGCUGACAAUGGAAACAAUAACCAGCUUUCUACUUUGACAAAAGCCAACUAUAUACCAUAUGGGAUUGACUUCUCAGAUGGUCCAACUGGAAGGUUUACCAACGGCCGAACCACCGUGGACAUACUUGCUGAACUUCUGGGUUUUGAAAAUCCCAUUCCAUCUUUUGCUUCUGCUACUGCUAAUAGCUCCAACUUACUCGGAGGCGUCAAUUAUGCAUCUGGGGCAGCUGGGAUUCUAAGAGCCACAGGAAAACAUGCGGGUAACAAUAUCAGCUUAAGGAGACAGUUAAAUAAUCACCGGAUUACAGUCUCUCGUAUUGCUGAUGUACUAGGCAGCAAAAGAUUAGCCAAAGAGAGAUUAGAAAAGUGCUUAUAUUGGGUUGAAAUGGGAAACAAUGACUACAUUAACAACUAUUACAUUCCCUCAAUCUACCCCUCUAGUAGUCUUUACAAUCCUAAACAGUAUGCUGCUCUUCUUAUCCAAAAUUAUCAGCGGCAUGUAAUGAAAUUGUACAGUCAUGGAGCAAGAAUGUUUGCCCUGGUUGGAGUGGGACAAAUUGGGUGCACUCCAAAUUCCAUCUCCGUGUAUGGAACAAAUGGUUCAGCAUGCGUGGAUUACAUGAACGACGCGGCUCAGUUCUUCAACCAGAGGCUUAUCGCACUCGUCGAUCAACUGAACACCGAUUUACUCGACGUGAAAUUCAUCUAUGUUAACUCAUAUGGAAUGGGAUCCGGAGAUCCUACAAUUGCUGGAUUUAAGGUUUGGAAUGUUGGGUGUUGUGCUGUGAACAACAAUACUGGUCAAUGUGUUCCUAAUAAAACUCCAUGUGAGAACAGGAAUGAGUACGUAUUUUGGGACUCAUUCCAUCCAACAGAGGCUUUAAACUUGAUUACUGCUAAAAGAGUGUACAAUGCUUAUGACCCAUCAGACUGCUAUCCCAUGGAUAUCUCUAGCCUUGUUCAGUUGUUUGGACUUGGUGGAAUUAGUGCUCAAAUUGCAGAUUUGGCUCAGUACUGGGAGAUGAAAAUAUGGCUUGUGGUGAUUGUUGCGUGUUUGAUAACAAACAUGCAACAACAACAUUAUUGCGUUAAAGCUGAGGAACAAGUACCAUGCUUCUUCAUAUUUGGCGACUCUCUUGCAGAUAGUGGAAACAACAACCGGCUUGCUACAUUAGCCAAAGUUAACUACUCACCUUAUGGGAUUGACAUGCCAAGUGGUCCAACAGGAAGGUUUACCAACGGCCGAACCACAGUUGAUAUUCUUGGUGAACUACUUGGUUUCACCCAUUUCAUUCAACCUUUUGCUACUGCUGAUGGCACCAACAACAUACUCGACGGCGUGAAUUACGCAUCCGGGUCAGCCGGAAUUCUCGAAGAAACCGGGCGUCAUUUGGGCGAGAAUGUGUACUUCUUUAGACAGCUACAGAAUCACCGGAUUGUGAUGUCUCAAAUGGGAGAGAUAUUGGGAAACAAAGAAUUAAGGAGGCGACACCUAAACAAGUGCUUGUAUUGGGUUGGAUUGGGCAGUAAUGACUACAUCAACAACUACUACUCUCCUCAGUUUUACAACAGCAGCAAAAUCUACACUCCGGAGCAGUUCGCUUCUUUGCUCAUCGAACAAUAUCGUCGCCGAAUAUUGAAGUUGUACAAAUACGGAGCAAGAAAGGUGGCUUUGGCGGGGAUUGGAAGAAUUGGGUGCACUCCCAACUCACUAUCUUUACACAACACAAAUGGAUCUGCAUGCGUAGAUCACAUGAACAAUGCAGUCGAAUUCUUCAAUGUCAAGCUUUUAACACUUGUUGACCAACUCAAUACCAAUCUUACCGAUGCAAAGUUUAUCUAUAUCAACUCUUACGGAAUGGGCGGUGGAGAUCCUACUGCAGUUGGAUUCAAAUAUUGGAAAGUUGGAUGUUGUGCCGUAAAUAAAGUUGGUCAAUGUGUUCCAUCAGAGAAGCCAUGCGAAAACAGGAGAGAGUACGUAUUUUGGGACUCUUUCCAUCCCACAGAGGCUCUCAACAAAAUCACUGCUAGUAGAAUAUACAGUGCUUUUGACCUAUCCGAUAGCUAUCCGAUGGAUGUUAAUCAGCUAAUUCAGAUGCCCUCAGACUUUUCUCCAUUAUAG